UCUCGCCGACCUCAUCGUUGCACGCAACAUGGAGGCCCUCUUCUUCAACGUCGAUAAUGGGUUCUUGGAGGGCAUUGUCAGAGGAUUCAAGGCGGGCGUCCUGACCCAGAGCCAUUAUGCCAACCUCACGCAAUGCGACACGCUGGAGGACUUCCGCACCCAAUUGAGUGCGACCGACUAUGGCAACUUCCUCGCAAACGAGCCGCUCCCCCUCUCCACAUCCACCAUCGCGGACAAGGCGACGCAGAUCCUCGUCGACCAGUUCAACUACCUCAGGAGCAACGCAGUCGAGCCGCUCUCGAAGUUCCUGGACUACAUCACGUACGCGUACAUGAUCGACAAUGUUGUCCUGCUCAUUACUGGUACCCUUCAUGAACGCGACACGCACGAGUUGCUGGAAAGGUGCCAUCCCCUCGGUGUGUUCGACACCAUGCCGGCGCUAUGCGUAGCCACCAACGUCGAGGAGUUAUACCAGAGUGUACUGGUCGAGACACCGCUCGCCCCCUAUUUCCGCGACUGCCUCUCCGCCGCCGACAUGGACGACCUCAACAUCGAGAUCAUCCGCAACACCGUCUACAAGGCCUACCUCGAGGACUUCCACCGCUUCUGCGCGACGCUCGACGGCCCCACGCGCGACGUCAUGCACGCCAUCCUCUCCUUCGAGGCCGACCGCCGCACGGUCAACAUCACCAUCAACUCCUUCGGCACCGAGCUCUCCAAGGAGCAGCGCGCGAAGCUCUUCCCCGCGAUCGGCCGCCUCUUCCCCGAGGGGAACAACCAGCUCGCGAAGGCGGACGACAUCGACCAGGUGCGCGCCGCGUGCGAGAGCGUGAGCGAGUACCGCGCGUUCUUCCAGGACCAGGCGGGCGCGGCGGCGAACGGCGGGGACGACCUCGGCGCGGCGUCGCAGCUGGAGGACAGGUUCUUCCACACGGAGGUGCACCUGAACAAGCAGGCGUUCCUGCAGCAGUUCCAGUACGGCGUGUUCUACGCGUACUUAAAGCUGAAGGAGCAGGAGAUCAGGAAUAUCACCUGGAUCGCGGAGUGCAUCGCCCAGGAUGCAAGGGACAGGAUUAAUGACUUUAUACCCAUCUUCUGAGCGGUGUCGUAGGUGUAGCACGUCGUGUAUCCCUGGAGUAUGACAUUGGCAAGGACGUAUAGGAUACUACCUUGCGGCGCGACA